AUGCCAGUCGACGAGAUAGAUACUAUAAAUCAUCUCGAAGAAACCUUCUACAGUGCUGGAUACCAAUCAGGUUACGACCACGGAAAGAUACAUGGCAAAAUUGAAGGCAGGGCAUUAGGAAAGGAGAAAGGCUAUGAGAUUUGGGAAGAGCUAGGAUUUAUGGAAGCAUCUGCAAUCUUUUUGAUUACAACUCAACCAGAAUCUAAACACAAAACUCAAGCUCAACAAAUAUUAGAAAUGGUUCAAAAGUUUCCACAAUCGAAUAAGCAAGAAUCUGAUAUCGACGAAGAAUGGGAUAUGUCAAAUUUAUUAGAAAAGAUUAGAGCCAAGUUUAAGGUAUUCGUUACAAUAACAGGGGUAAAGAGAAGAUUGAAGACUGCAACGCCAAGUCAAUCGCUAGGAUUUUGAAGGAGGACUCUGGGGAAGUGGUAUCUUCUGGUCCGUUCUCCUCCUCCUGUAGCCUUCAGGAAUCGGUGGAGGCUUUGGAGGAGAUGCAGGGCGCUGUACAACCUUCAUUGGUUGUGGUGCCGCCGGUUUCGGUGCAUUCAAGUUCUUCUCCCAAAAACCGAUCAUCCGCUUGGUUGGCUUAGAUUGUUCUGCAGGUAGUGGCAUUUUAGUUUUAGUUCUCUGAUAAAGUGAUGAUAGUGAC